UUGAUAAGAAAAUCUUGGUUGUUCUGAGCUCCAGGCAAAAGGAGUUUGGGCAACAGGGAAAGAGAUGGGGUUAGUGUGACCCAGGAGAUUUCAAUUAGGAAUUUGAGAAUGUUUAAGCCCAUAAAACACUGGGGGGGAUUCUAAGGGCAGAUUCAUCUUUUUUUUUUUAAAUAUUUAUUUAUUUAUUAUGUAUACAACAUUCUGUCUGUGUGUAUGUCUGCAGGCCAGAAGAGGGCACCAAACCCCAUUACAGAUGGUUGUGAGCCGCCAUGUGGUUGCUGGGAAUUGAACUCAGGACCUUUGGAAGAUCAGGCAAUGCUCUUAACCUCUGAGCCAUCUCUCCAGCCCCAGAUUCAUCUUUUAAAAGAGAUCUCGAUGGGCGGUGGUGGCGCACACCUUUAAUCCCAACACUUGGGAGCAGAGUAACAAUGUCCAGAAAAUACCGAGAAGGAGGGCAAUGGGAAGAUCCUCAACAGAAGCCUGCAAGGCCUCCUGAGACAGUUCUGUGCACCCUAAGCCGUCUCCACUCGGCUCUGGUGCUCUCAGGGCAGGAGGGUUCAGCCCUUUCAGCACCGACGCGGAGCCCCGUGGAGCUCGCAAGGUCCUGCAGCGAGGACCCGCAGCCUUGCGCCUCGGGGCAGUGCUGCAGGGCUGCCAGGCCGUGCGCGGGGGAUCUACUACAGAGACCCCACAGGGAGCGCCGCACCCGCGGACCGCUCCUCUUCAUUGGACGCCUGGAGGAAGACCACGCCCCUUUCCCUACAGCGCUCCUUUUUGACUGGCUCUCGGGUCCGGGAUGGCCACGCCUCCUCCCCUCGCAUACACAAGAGUCACGCGCCUUUCAGUUGGAAACUUGGCAUGCUGAGGAGGACAGUGGCCCUCAUCUCCCCGCCCACCGCCCGUGCCAUUGGUGCGGCACGCCGACUGCGACCACGCCCCCAUUCCAGCCCCCUGGCUGGGAAGGCGGGCACCCGCUCUUGAUUGGCUGGCCGAUCUGCCAUUCGUGGGAGCGGCUAGCACACCCCUCCCUCCCUUCCCUCCUCCCGCGAGCCCGGGGGUUCCACAGCGGGCCCAGUCCGAGUCAGUGUCAUUCAGAGAGGCGGACUGCUGAGUGCUGGGCGCGGACGUGCGCUGCAGUCCUGCUCGGGCGCCGGUGCCUGCGCUCGCGCCGCCGGGUGGGAAGGAUGAAGCCUCAGCUGGAGCAGCCACCCUAUGAUUGGCUGUGGCGCUUGUGAACCCGAAGUAAAGAUGGCGGGCGGGCAGGCAGCCGCCGCACUGCCCGCUUGGAAGAUGGCGGCUCGCCGCAGCCUCAGUGCCCGCGGCCGGGGGGUCCUGCAGGCAGCUGCGGGCCGGCUGCUGCCGCUGCUCCUGCUGAGCUGCUGCUGUGGCGCGGGCGGCUGCACAGCGGCCGGCGAGAACGAAGAGACCGUGAUCAUCGGGCUGCGGCUGGAGGACACGAACGACGUGUCGUUCAUGGAAGGGGGUGCGCUGCGGGUGAGCGAGCGGACCCGGGUCAAGCUGCGGGUGUACGGGCAGAACAUCAACAACGAGACGUGGUCCCGCAUCGCCUUCACCGAGCACGAGCGGCGCCGGCACACACCCGGCGAGCGCGGGCUGGGGGGCCCCGCGCCGCCGGAGCCGGACAGCGGCCCCCAGCGCUGCGGCAUCCGCACCUCAGACAUCAUCAUCUUGCCCCACAUCAUUCUCAAUCGCCGCACAUCGGGCAUCAUCGAGAUCGAGAUCAAACCGCUGCGCAAGAUGGAGAAGAGCAAGUCUUAUUACCUGUGCACGUCUCUCUCCACGCCCGCACUGGGCGCCGGUGGCUCCGGGUCUGCGAGUGGCGCCGUCGGGGGCAAGGGUGGCGCGGGGGUGGCCGGACUCCCGCCUCCCCCAUGGGCCGAGACCACCUGGAUUUACCACGACGGUGAGGACACCAAGAUGAUCGUGGGCGAGGAGAAGAAGUUCCUGCUGCCCUUCUGGCUGCAAGUGAUCUUCAUCUCGCUGCUGCUGUGCCUGUCAGGCAUGUUCAGCGGCCUCAACCUGGGGCUCAUGGCUCUGGACCCGAUGGAGCUGCGCAUCGUGCAAAACUGCGGCACCGAGAAAGAGAAGAAUUACGCCAAGCGCAUCGAGCCGGUGCGCAGGCAGGGCAACUACCUGCUGUGCUCGCUGCUGCUGGGCAACGUGCUGGUCAACACCACGCUCACCAUCCUGCUCGACGACAUCGCGGGCUCAGGCCUUGUGGCGGUGGUGGUCUCCACCAUUGGCAUCGUCAUCUUCGGGGAAAUCGUGCCCCAAGCCAUUUGCUCCCGACACGGCCUGGCAGUAGGGGCCAACACCAUUUUUCUCACCAAGUUUUUCAUGAUGAUGACCUUCCCUGCUUCUUACCCGGUUAGCAAACUGCUGGACUGCGUCCUGGGCCAGGAGAUAGGCACUGUCUAUAACCGGGAAAAACUGCUGGAGAUGCUCCGGGUCACUGACCCCUAUAACGACCUCGUUAAAGAGGAACUGAACAUCAUCCAAGGGGCUCUGGAGCUCCGCACCAAGACGGUAGAGGACGUGAUGACUCCCCUCCGGGACUGUUUCAUGAUCACCGGCGAGGCUAUCUUGGACUUCAACACCAUGUCGGAAAUCAUGGAGAGUGGCUACACGCGAAUCCCAGUGUUCGAGGGAGAGCGUUCCAACAUCGUGGACCUGCUCUUUGUCAAAGACUUGGCCUUCGUGGACCCAGAUGACUGUACUCCCUUGAAAACCAUCACCAAAUUUUACAACCACCCCUUGCACUUCGUCUUCAAUGACACCAAGUUGGACGCUAUGCUGGAAGAAUUUAAGAAAGGUAAAUCUCACCUGGCCAUUGUGCAGCGAGUGAACAAUGAGGGUGAAGGGGACCCGUUUUAUGAAGUUCUGGGAAUUGUCACCUUGGAAGAUGUGAUUGAAGAAAUCAUCAAAUCUGAAAUCUUGGAUGAGACAGACCUGUACACUGACAACAGAACGAAAAAGAAAGUGGCCCACCGUGAAAGAAAGCAAGAUUUCUCUGCCUUUAAGCAGACGGACAGCGAGAUGAAGGUUAAAAUAUCACCGCAGCUUCUCCUGGCCAUGCACCGUUUCCUAGCAACAGAAGUAGAAGCGUUUAGCCCAUCCCAGAUGUCAGAGAAGAUCCUCCUAAGGCUGCUAAAGCACCCCAAUGUCAUCCAGGAGCUGAAGUAUGAUGAGAAGAACAAGAAAAGCCCCGAGUGCUACCUCUACCAGCGCAACAAACCUGUAGACUACUUCGUCCUUAUCCUGCAGGGGAAAGUGGAAGUAGAAGCUGGGAAAGAAGGUAUGAAGUUUGAAGCAAGUGCUUUUUCAUACUAUGGUGUAAUGGCCCUCACAGCCUCUCCAGUUCCUUUGUCCCUGUCCCGAACCUUUGCUGUCAGCAGGACAGAAGUGUUAGCAGCAGGCUCUCCAGGUGAAAAUAAGUCACCUCCUCGCCCCUGUGGCCUGAACCACUCAGACUCUCUCAGCCGAAGUGACCGGAUUGACGCCAUGACACCAACCUUGGGGAGCAGCAACAACCAGCUCAAUUCUUCAUUCCUCCAGGUCUACAUCCCUGAUUACUCAGUACGAGCCCUCUCUGACCUGCAGUUUGUCAAGAUCUCCAGACAGCAAUACCAAAAUGCCUUGAUGGCAUCCCGGAUGGACAAAACUCCUCAGUCUUCAGACAGUGAAAACACUAGAAUUGAAUUGACUCUUACGGAGCUGCAUGACGGGCUGCCGGACGAGACGGCCAACUUGCUCAACGAACAGAACUGUGUAUCGCACAACAAGACCAACCACAGCCUGCACAGUGACGGCGCCAUCUAGAGCCCCUCGGUCCCCUCGUCCGGCCUCCUGGCCUGUCUGACCAUGACUUCCACUAGUGUGAGCUUGUCUGCCAUGCUGCGUCCUACAGCAAUGAGACCAAAGACUUUGCCCCUUUCCCUGGAGGCCGCAGAGGACGGCAAGCUGCGGAGGACAGCAUGGGUGGGGAUGGAAACUAGACACGUGACAUCGACAGCUGGGGCAUGGCUUUCAAGAAUUCGGAGACAAACUUCUGCCCAGAUAGAAUCAUGUUUAUUUUUUCAGUACUUUUACCAUUUCCUCCCUUCCUCAAUGUGCAUGAAUUUAAAAAUUAUUUCGUUUAUUUUUUUUCAAGAGAUCAUGUUUUUUGUUUUUCAAGUGUCUUUUGCAGAGUUUUAAGUUGGUCUGUCUGAGCUAGCUCUGCUGUGAUCCCAUGAUGUGACCCUAACAGGAUGGACUUGCCCCUUGAGUGGCCUUCCUUGGCCGUCCCGGGAAGGCUAUCUUUCCUCUGUGUGCCGGUGGGUGUCGCUGUCGAACUUGAUGGAUGAAUGAAGAAGACCAUGUCACUGAGGAACGUGCCAAGUCUGUCGUCACUGUGGGUGUUGGCAGAAGCUGCAGACACCCCUGUGCAUAUAGUAUUUCGAAAAUAUGUUCAAUUGUGUCCCUUUCCCUUAGGAAGGGCUAACGUUUGCUUGGGAAUGUGAUUUUGCUCCCACCUUAAGGAAUUUUUAUCACCAAAAUGAAUGUUAAUGAAUUUUAAACCCAUGGUUUAUCAUUGGCAAGAGGCAAGUUGACUUCAUCCACAGUCCUGUAACCUGGGGUGGUCUGGGGCAUCAGCUGAGCCACCCCCCACCCUCUCGGCCCUCACUCUUGCUAAUCCAAGCCGCUGCUACAGGUGCCAAAUGGAAACUUUCCAUGGGGCUUGAACAUGUGGCGUGGCAGCUACAUUAGUUGCCUCUUUCCCAUGGGGAUCUAUGUGUUAUCGGAAUGAGGCGGGGGUGGGGUGGGUGUGUACUGUUUUUAAUAGAAGGACAAGGGAUUACCUGUCUCACCCCUUCUUCCAUAGAGCCAAGUGCCCCCUCCAUCUUGUCCCUGGACUGUAGGGCCCAGAAGUGGCAGUGGUCCAGCAAAGAUGCCUCUUGCUUCAGAGGUGGUCAAUGCCAGAGAGGCUGUCAUACAGCCAGAGUCAGUUGGACCCCAAACAGAUCCAGAAACCAAAUGUGUGUUGUGAGCGUUUCAUGUAUGUCCCUGUCUUAUUUUAAUACCAAAUUUACCAUGUGUUGUGAAAUUCCCGCCAGCGGGUACUGUUUGGGUGACUGAUUCCUUAACUAGUUUGUUUGUUUUAAGUGGUUACCUGUGUUUGCUGGCGAUACUCAUACACUGAAAUGACCUCCUGACCGUAAUGUUCAAUAGGAUUCUCACUACCCAGGUCACAGCUGGAGAAGAGAGCCUUCCUGUGCCCAGGUUUCCUACCCAAGGAACCCUAAAGCUCACCAUCAGCCUCCUCCCUCAGGUAGGAGGUCUGCUAACCCCACGCUGGGCUCUGGGAGGGUAAUGUGUUGGGUUAAUCUCCUUGUAAAUAGUUGGUGAGUCUAGAAAACGUGUGUGUGCGCGCGCGCGUGCGUAUGUACUGGGAAUGGCACCCAUGGCCUUGGGCGUGCUUGGCAAGUACUCCUGACAGCUACACCUGGGUCCGGGCCUCUGGUGCCAUGUCCACUGACAGUGUUACCCCUGGGUAGAGGUAGUAGUGGUCCUGAAGUGUUCUCAAAGGGUGCCGUGCCUGACAGAGAAGGGCUAGCUUCACUUGGUGGAGGGUCAUUGGAGUGACCUCCAAAGGAUCUGAGUGAUACCUAACCUGCCACUUUGGGCAAGGGUUCCUACCAUAUGGAACCCCAUACUAUGGCACCCCCCUUUUCAAACACAUCCAAGUGAAAAAAAAUCCAUUUACUAAGGACCAUAAUGUGCACAGAUGCAAACUCUCUCAGUUUGGCCAGGAUCAGGGCCCUUCCCUGAGGCCUGGGGAGCCAGGAGCCCAGCACACCUGCCUCAGACAAGCCUUGCUGCUGGAGGGGCCUCUGCGAGAGAAGCAUGCUUGGUCCCUUUUCAGAGCGGCACUGUUUGUGGACCCUAGAGACGUGGGAGUCUAGGGAGCUGAGAGAGCGUAGUCACCACCUAGUGUGGCAGCUAACUGUAGAGUUCUCUUAGGAGCUGGGGAGCGUGGUUCUCAGAGACCGAGAUUGUAGCCACCAGCUUUGUGUUCACUUCUCAUUAAUGAUCUCAUUACCUUGGAGUAGUUACUCAGUUCUCAUGACCAGGAAUUCAGAAUAGUUCCUCCCUGGUUCCCGGGUGCACAAGGUAAACUGGCUGUAGUUUCCGCUGCUCUGCGGAGAGUUCCCGACCUUCAAACGGCUUGUGCUGAGUGAUCAAUUCUUCAGGUCCCCUCUGGGGCAGCAAAACUGUCUCGGCUAGGAUGGGCAUAUGCAUACCAUCUGUGGCUGACCCCACGGCUUCCCAUCAAGACAGAUGGGCACGUAAUGGAUUGGCCAUGUACAGGGUUCCUUCCUUGUAGCUCUAGCUGUAGUCCCCCAGGCUGCUGUGUGUGCAAACGUGGAGGUAAGGCAGGCAGGCAGGCCAGACUCGGGUUGCUAUGGGCCUACCCCCUGCUCCAUGAUGGUAUCUGGAGCCACCGCUGCCAGCCAGAGGACAGGGCAGCCUGUGUCAGAUGUGGCCAGGAUGGCCAGUUUAAGUGAGGGUCCUUCACUCUGCUGCCCUCUGUCAGGCAAGUCCAGACCCUGGUAAUUAAACUCUUGAGAAAACAGAAUCCUGAAAUUUAUACAUGAGUAUUGGGGUGCUAGUCAACUAGAUUAAACUGGUUCUUAAUUUGAAGGUGCCUCGUCUUUCAUACUCUGUAUGGGCGUGACUGACCUCACGUGAAGGGAGCUGAGCCUCACACCACUUUCUCAUGUCAGCCCAAGAAACGUGUGCAGCGUUCAGUGCAGAACUUCACACUGAUAGGAACACUAACUGUGAAGUCUCCUUGCCAUCCCCAGCUGUACGGAUAAGGACUAGCUUUUCCAAGUCUAGGAAAACAUGGCAGGUCCAAACGCAUUUCCCUUAAGAAAUGGAGCAACAGGAUUUUAAGUUAAGCAGGGACCGUGAACUUCUGCCCUCAAGUUAUUUGGGUUAAGGAGCAAACCAAGUAGGUGCUGAGUGACUGAGCCUGUGUCCUGGCUAGUUACAAACUCAUGCAAGCACCUCUGUCCUCCUCUGAAGGCUACGAGGGAUCUGUGCCGUCACCGUGCCUGGACCCAGGGGAUGUCAUCUCCCAAGGGUGAACCCAGGCAGGUUAACUGGUACAGCGCACACACCUUGUUCCCGUGAGGGCUGACGACUUACAACUCCCUAGUGGCCUGGCAAAACUCCCCUCCUUGCUGCCCGAGAUGUGCUUUUCCUGUGAGGGGCUGAUGGCUGUUUUAGGCAUGAGGUACCAGUGUGUCCUUUCUUACGGGAGAAUCAGGCUCCUUCCUAGGCUGUUUGCUUCCAUUCUGGGCCUAGGAUUGUGGUGCUUCUGUGCAGUACUACUGGGUAAGUUGUAGGCUAGCCCAGAAUUGGGAGGAAUUUAGAGACGUAUAGGGAAGUGACUGGGGGGCAGGGGAUGUGGAAGUUUUUCCAUACAGAUUUAUCAAUGAGCAACCUACUUAGUGGGUUUUUAUACCUCAGGGCCAUUUACUUGUGUCUGAGUGGCUGAUGGGGAAGAUGAACUCACUGAGGUUCACUUGCUUCCACCUGAGGGAUGAGUAGUGCUUCAAGGCUGAGCCUGCGUCAGCUGGUUCCUCUUCCUGGAAUCAAUGCUAACUUCCUGGCUUUCCUUCUGGGGAGUCCUGUUGCCCACCAGUCAGGAAGGGGCAGUCUUUCACAGCAGCUAGUGAGCAGCAGGGCAUCUGUUUCUUGGUUCCCUGUGGCUGACAUACCAGAGCCAUUGGGGCAUCUCAACUGCGACUGUUUUAAAUGCCUUCUGAUGGGGACUGCCAGGCGGUACUUGAAGCAUUAUCAAAAUGGCAGUAGAGUCAGGUUCCAGGUGUUCGUGUGCACACAGCUGCGGGUCAACAGACAGGGUGACUGGGUGCUGUCUGGCCUCCCUUGGAAAGCCCUUCUGAUGCUGCACAUCUGAUCCACGUGUAUUUACUUAGGGGGCUGGAUUCUUGCAGAAUCGCUCUACAGAAAACUAUCAAAGGGACCUAGUAGACCUGAGUGCCUGCUCCUCUUGGAGGCUCAGGUUUCUUCCAUACAAACAGCUGGGCCCCUAGAACAGAGGGAAGUGGGGAAGAGUGAUCUCUAGACGGCCCUGCCUAGCUUCCGAUUCACCACCACCCAUGCCUGGUCUACUGUGAACAGUCUAUCAAUCCAUUGACUUUUCUUAUUUUUGCAGUCCUUUAAAUCCACAAAUGUAUAUGCUUUGUUUUAUAUUAUUUAUUAUGUACAUACAUCUCUACUGUUAGUGUACCAUCUGUGAUUAAGACACUGUUUUGAAGCCCCUCAUCCAUGGAGCCCAGGGUUCUGUUGUCCCUUAUUGGGUGAGAGGGUGGUGAUUUUUUUUUUUUUAAGGAAAAAAAGACUGCACUGCUGCUCUUCCUCCGGCUUCUCUCAUUGCCCUACCCCAACCCACUCCUGAUGGCCAGUAUCUGGGAGGUAGGUGGGGGCAGAGCUUCUCACGUCUUCACGAGUUACUGCGGAUUUGUUUCUUCCCUGUGUGGUGGUAGGUGUGGCUCCUUCCUCAUCACUCCCAAGCCAGAUCGGUUUCCUAGGAUUGCAGAACCUGUCUGGAUCAUGGAAGCUGCCGGCGCUUUUAGGUUCAGAGCAUGUCUCUUCCUGGUACCAUGGCCCAGCUACCAACAUCCCCUUGGGCCUACAGCCAGCUCCGCUUUGUCUGAUGACCCCACCCUCCUUAGCUGUACCCACGGCUUCACGGUAUACAUUUCAUGCUUCUGAGCAGUGGCAUCAAUGGAAAGCUAAACAAGCGCAGGUCAGGUGCACGGGCUUCACAAGCUGACUGUCAUGAUGGACGCGUUUAUAAUUAAUUCCAAUGUUGUAGAUUUACAAUACCUAUUUAUUUUGUACCAAUUUAUUUGUAAAUCUUGUGAUUGUUUUUAAAGGUUUUGUUUAUUUCUAUUCUAUUUAGAUAAAUGGUUUUCUGUUCACCUCCAG